CUUACCGCAAGACCGAACACAUCAGCUAACAUGGACACCGCCGGCAUUAUUCCAGACAUCAUCGACGUUAAGCCCAAGGCCAAGGCCACCAUCACCUACCCCUCCGGGGCUCAGGUGGAGUUGGGCAAGGAGCUGGCUCCCACACAGGUGAAGGAUGAGCCCACCGUUGUCUAUGACGCCGAUGAGGGCUCUCUGUACACCCUGCUUCUGGUCGAUCCCGAUGCACCAAGCCGCGAGGAUCCCAAGUUCCGCGAAGUCUUGCACUGGGCCGUGAUCAACAUUCCCGGCAACAAGGUCUCCCAGGGCCAGGUUAUUGCUGAGUACAUUGGCGCUGGUCCCCGCGAGGGAUCUGGCCUGCACCGCUACGUGUUCUUGGUGUUCAAGCAGAACGAGAAGAUCGCAUCUGACAAAUUCAUCAACAAGACGACCCGCGAAGGUCGCGUCAGUGUUAAGGUCCGUGACUACAUCACCAAGUACAACUUUGGUGCUCCCGUUGCCGGUAACUUCUUCCAGGCCAAGUACGAUGACUACGUGCAAACCCUCAUUGCCCAGGUCAAGUAAUCUAAGCCUAAACUGUCCAGCUUUCUGUGAAAUAAUAAAUAUUGUACCGUAUUUAAUGUAAA